AUGGCUUUAAGAUGCUUUGUUAAUGCUUUUGGAAGUGAGCCUAAAGUUGUUGUUACUGAUCAAGAUGCUGCAAUGAAGAGAGCUAUUAAGGAUGUACUUCCAAGAAGUAGGCAUAGGUUAUGUAUGUGGCAUAUAUGGGAGAAAUUGAAGACAAAGGUUGGUCCUGUUUUGUCAGCAAACACUGAUUUUAAUACAAGAAUGACUCAUGUUGUUUGGAAUGAUACUAUUAUUCCAGAAGAUUUUGAAACUGAGUGGCAUUCAAUAAUGUCUACUUUUGGAUUGGAAAAUCAUGAGUGGUUAAAAGACAUGUACGAUCUUCGAUUUGAUUGGAUUCCUGCUUAUUACCAUGGAGAGGAUUUGGCUGGGCUUAUGCGUACUACGUCAAGAUGUAAAAGCGAGAAUUACUUCUUUGGUCAGAUUUGCAAUCCAAGAUGUACACUUGUUGAAUUUUUCACUCAUUUUGAGACUGCAAUGGAUAUUCAAAGGCAUGAGCAUAGGAGGAAUGAUCAUGAUACAAGGUAUAUUGAGUGUAAACCCUGGAGUGACUUUAUAUUGGAGAAACAAGCAUCAGAAAUAUAUACCCAAACAAUUUUUAAGGAUAUUCAGAUUGAAAUUGAUGCUGCUAUUACAAAGUGUAUGUCAAAGUCUGUUGAUACUGUGGGUGAUGUUCAAUAUUUUGGAAUAAAGGAUUUCAGACAGCCAUGCACUUCUUUUUUCAAGGUGCAAUACAACAAAGAAGAAGAAGAUGGUUUAAGUAUAAGUUGUUCUUGCAAACGGUUUGAACAAUUUGGUAUAUUGUGCCGCCAUAUAUUUUACGUAUUACGGUAUGAGGAUAUAAGUGAGCUUCCUAGAAGAUAUGUUCAUAGAAGAUGGAUGAGAGAUGUUGUUUCAGUGGGAUCAAAUCAUUCCAAUAUUCGAUUUGAUGAAAUUGGUAGGAAUAGUGAAAUUGAUAAAGUUUAUAGAGAAAUCGUUGUUGCAAAUGAGUAUGUUGUUAAUAGGCUGGUUGGCGAUUUAGAUGAACUGUGUCGUUACAGGGAUCAUAUUAAAAGUUAUAUUGAUAAAGCGGAUGAGGUUAUGGUUGCUGCGCUGCCUCCUAGUCGCAAAGAAAGAUUUGCUGAUAUUGGAGGGAACAUAGAAAAAUCAGAUUCUAUGAUUCGUGUCCCGAUCAAAGUAAGGACCAAAGGAUGCGGUGUACAAAAAAGGAUCAAGUCUAAUCGUGAGAUUGCAAUUCAGAAAUCAUCAAAGAUCCAAAAAUCGUGCCGUGUAUGUGGUGGAAAAGGACAUAACAGUCGAACAUGUAAAGAUAAGGUUUCUUCUAAUGCUAUAGGUUCUAGCAAUGCAAUGUAA